AUCUUUUCCAAGAAUUUCGUUAACCAUCCUACCUGUUUUUAAAAGUAUCUGGCAACAAAUUUAAUGCCACUACAACUGUAAUUGCUAGCCAUUUCCAACAUUCUGAAAGAUUUUGCGGGUUCUCCACACGUGGUAGGUUUCUAAAAUGUCUAACCAUCUACAAUGGAUGAUUGUAAGAAACUGUUCAAGUUUCGUAGUAAAGAAAAGAAACAUCAAAAAGCAUUUUAGUACUGAUCCUCUGAAUAUGAAAAAAAUCCAUUCUCCUCGAUAUUGCGGCACCAUUCAAAAAAAUGCCAUCAUGAUUGAGCCUCAUUCAAACAAGAAAGGUGUAAAUCUUGUUUACAAGAAGAAACGCUGUCACAGGAAACCUGCCAAAAGUUUGGAACGAGUUCCUUUGACCAAAAAUGCUCGAAGAACAAUGACUGUUAUCAAAAAGUUUGUCAAAAGAAACCAGUACAGGAAGGAUUUGAAAAUGCUUGCUUUGCGUAGGGCUAGCGCAAUUCUGAAGAGCCAGAGGCCAGUGGUACUCAAAAAGAAGACUUUCAAAAAGAAACCUGAAUAAGUUAUGAUGUAAUAAAUAAAAAUGAUUUAUUAAAAAAUGAAA